GAAAUUUUUAGUAAAAUGAAAUUUGAAAUCAAAAAACAAUGUUUUGGGAAAAUUUUAAAAAAACUAUACACUUUAAAUGCUAUAAGUAUUCAGGAAGGCUUAUUUUUGUUACUAAGGAAACAUAACUUAGAAAUUAAAAACAUUUUAAGUCAAAAUCGAAGCAUCAUUAUGGUUAUGUUUGCACCAGUUAUUGAAGUAAAUCCUGAUCAAGAGUUACAGAAGCAAAGUUUGUCUAAUGCAGCAAUAGAUUUUUGUGUUCAAAAAAAAUUGGAUUCUAACUUUUGCAAAGUAUUUGUUAGAAAUAUUGGUUUUACAGUACGUGAUAGAGAUUUCUGGAAUUUUUUUGAGUAUUUUGGUAAAGUACUACGUGCUACAAUUGUUAGAGAUAGAAAAACAAGAAAAUCAAAAGGAUAUGGUUUUGUUGUUUUCUCAAAUCCUUUAGAUGCUGAACGCGCAAUCAAUGCAAAAAAACAUGAGAUAACACUUGAAGGAAGAUUACUGGUUGUGAAAAAAGCUGAGAAGCGAAAUGGAGGGAAAGAUAAGAACAAGGAAGUGUUAAAAGAAGCUGCUAAUUACUUCAUGGCAGAAGAGGAAAAAAAAACAAUAGAUACUUUAAAAGUAGAAGAACAAAACAAUUGUUAUAUCAAUAAGCUGCAUGAUGAUCUUUUCUUUCAUAUAUUUUCUUAUCUUGACCUAAAAACGAAAAUCAAGAUGGAGUUAGUUUGUAAAAAAUGGCGUCAAAUUUCUCUUGAUAAUUGGAACUGUAUUCACUAUCUCAACUUUAAAGGCUUUUUCAACACUUCAAACAGAUUAUCAGGCUUAAAUGACAAUAUACUGAUUGCAAUUCUUAAAAAAGGCUGCAAUAAUUUGAAGUCUAUUGAUUUUUCAGCAUCUCCUUAUGUUAUAACAAAAAUAAGUUUUUUUAUGAUUGGUAAAGUAUGUAAACAGCUGCAGCAAUUAAAUAUUUCUCGAACUUGUAUCCAAAAUAAAACAUUGAAAUACCUUGGAGAAAAUCUUGUUCAGUUGCAAGUUCUUAAAAUGGAUAGGUGUUUAAAUGUUGGAGAAAAAGGUUUUUGGUGGAUGUUCAAAGAUUUAAAACAUCUUGAAAUACUUUCUGUAACAGAAAGCUCAAGGCUAAUAGGAAAGUGCUUGUUUAUGUUACACUCUUCAUUAAAAGUUGUGGAUUUCAGUAAUUGCUCUAGAUUAAAUGAUGACGGAAUAUGCAAUUUAACAAAGAGCUGUCCUAAUCUUUCUUCAGUUAAUUUAUCAUUUUGUAUAUCUCUUUCUGAUCAAUCGCUUGUUUUUUUAUCUCAAAGAUGCAGCUCAAUAAACAAUCUUAAUCUAUGUGGUUUAAGUAAAACAGUAACACAUCAAGGUUUUAACUCACUGAAAGAAUUGAAAAAUUUGGUUACGCUCAACAUAAGUCGCAAUAUUAAUGUAAAUGAUGAGGUCAUUGAAAUGAUUGGAAUGUCAUGUAACAGAAUACAAUCUUUAAAUAUUGAAUCAUGUCAUCCCAAUCUGACAUGUGCUGGUAUAAAUGCACUCGCUUACUACGACAGUUUAGUUGAGCUCAAUAUUAGCUAUAUUAAUGAUGUAUGUGAUACUUGCAUUUCAAGUGUUUCAUUUCUUCACAAACUUAAUACAUUACUUGUUAGGUGCUGCAUUAAACUUACAAACAAUGGAGUUUCAAAAUGCUUACUUCAUUUACAAGAUUUAAUGUUGUUUGACUUAAGCAGUUGCUACCUAAUUGAUGAUUAUCUUGUUCAAGAAGAAAUCCAAGCAAGAUGUCAAGAUAUAGAAAUUAUUUUAGGAGGAACUGGGGUAACUGAAAAUGGGGCAGCUGCUCUUUGUCAAAAGCUAGUCCAUUGUAAAGCAAGUCUUAUUUGUUUGAGUAAUGGAAUGUUAAGAAAUGAUAGAGACCCAACUUCUGCAGCGCCAUUUUUUCCUGAAUCAGAUGAAGAAGAUGACGAUGACGAAGAAGAAGAGUUGGAAAAGAUUAUUACUAUUGAACCAUCUUUAAAUUUUAACAUUACCUCUCCUGUUUCUAAUAUCGACGAAUACGGAGAGCCUUUAUGGGUAAUAGAAAAACCUCUAAGUUUAACACCGAUGCUGACGCAAAAUACUAUUUGAAUCAAAAAUGAGAAGAUUUGUGAAGAAUUAGUUCUAGGUCAAAGUUCAAAUGACAUCGAUAGUCAUAUAAAUCAAAAUAAAUCAAUAAAAAGCGAGUCUAAAAAUGACACCAAAAAAGAAAUUGACGUCGAAGAUUGGGAUGCUGAGGUGGACGAGCAUAGGGUGUGGGAGAUCCCGACAGACUCAUUUGAAAAUUACGACGUUUUCGACGAAGACGAAUAUGCAUUAAUGUGUGAUGAUGGUUUUAACGAGCUACUUGGUUAAUUUUAUUAUUUUAAUUUAUAGGUUAACCAAAAAACCAUAGACUUGUUAUUAAAUAAUAAGUUAUUUUUUAUGAAAAAAAUUUGUUUAUUGAAAGACUUUCAAUUAAUAGUUCAAA